AGUGCUCCGCCUUGUUGCACGGUGGCCGUAUCGUCUUCAUUUCAGAGAAACUUGUACCUUCCAUGAACUGUAUUUGAAUUUUUAUUUUCGUUUCUUCUAUCCUCAGUAUGGACUCUCAAAAAGAGGCCCUACAAAGGAUAAUCACCACAUUAGCAAGCAAGAAUGAGGAGCUCCACAGUUUCAUUGACACAUUAAGCCAUUCACUGACAGGUCUACAGGUGAAUUCCACACAAGUGGUUUCAGACCUGGAAGAGGAGUUCGACACAUUGUAUUCUGUCUUGGAUGAGAUGAAGGAGAGCAUGACCAACAAAAUCAAACAGGAGCAGGCGCGGAAGUCACAGGAACUGCAGAACCAACUCACGCAAAGCACCAAUGCACUGGAAAGCUCAGAGGAGCUGCUGGAGUUUGCAAACAACGCCCUGGACAUCAAAGACGAAGAAGAGUUUGCCAAGGCUGCCAAACAGAUCAAGGAUAGGGUGACCAUGGCUCCCGCCUUCCGCUUGACUAUGAAACCCAGGGCCACCGACAACAUGACACACCUGAUGGUGGACUUCUCCCAGGAGAGGCAGCUGCUCCAGAACCUGAAGUUUCUGCCAGUCCCCAGAGCACCGGAAAUAGAUGUCCAGGACUGUCUGGUGGCAGAUAAUAUGAUCAGAGUGGCUUGGAGGAUGCCAGUGGAAGACAGUAAGAUAGAUCACUAUAUUCUGGAGUAUAGGAAGACAAACCACGAAGGGCUACCCAGAGUGAAAGAUGAGCGUUGCUGGGAGGUGGUGGAUAACAUCAAAGCCACAGAGUACUCGCUAUCAGAUUUAAAGUUCGACUCCAAAUUCAUGAACUUCCGUGUACGAGCAUGCAACAAAGCAGCAGCUGGAGAAUACUCUGACCCCGUAACCUUGGAGACUAGAGCAUUUAACUUCAACUUUGACUCCACAUCCUCACACCUCAACCUGAAAGUGGAGGACAGGAGCGUGGAGUGGGACCCACAGGGGGGUAAAGGCCUGGAAAGCAAGGUGAAGGGCAAGGAGAACAAGGGCAGCGCUCAUCUUACCAAUCUGAAGAACAUGUCAAGAAGUGGAACCCCCUCGCCCAAACGCACCUCCACAACGCGGUCGCCGGCGAUGAGGGGAAGCAGAGAUCGCUUCACAGGAGAAUCCUACACCGUACUGGGGGACACCAGCAUGGAGUCUGGUCAGCACUACUGGGAGGUGAAGGCCCUGAAAGACUGUAAGUCCUACAGUGUGGGUGUAGCCUACAGGAACCUUGGCAAGUUUGACCAGCUGGGAAAGACCAACACCACCUGGUGCAUCCACAUCAACAACUGGCUGCAGACCUCCUUUGCCGCCAAGCAUAACAACAAGGCAAAGACCCUGGAGGUCCCUGUGCCAGACAGAAUAGGAGUCUACUGUGACUUGGAUGGAGGCCAGCUUUCCUUUUAUAAUGCAGAAAACAAGCAGUUACUUCACACUUUCAAGACUAAAUUCAGCCAGCCUGUUGUACCAGCCUUCAUGGUGUGGUGCGGAGGCCUCACCCUGUCCACAGGCCUGCAGGUCCCCAGUGCAGUCAAGAGCUUCCAGAAGACUGAGAACGGGCUGGGUGGCUCCAACAGCAGCCUUAACAGCAUGCCUCAGUAGGCCACAGUCACCCAGGAACUCAUCCUCAACUUCCUGCUUCCUGUGCGAGUAGUGCCCUUCCUGUCAGUCCUGAAGAGUACAUCCAAACUGAAACCCGGGCGAGGCCCCCGAGAAGCUGGCGCCAUGUCUGGCCCGGGGGAAAAAAAGCCUGAGUCGCCUUCGCUGUUAAUGUACCUGAGCUCUCCACCCUUUAGGAAGCGCUGUCUGUCACGUUUCCAUGUGGGGAGGUUGUGUCAGGAAUGCUAGCCACUUAAUCAGGGAAUAGACGAAGAGUGCACUUUUUCAUUCUUGUUUUAGUUUGAAUGCUGAGUUUUAGAUCUCUUUCUUAAUUGGGUGUUUCCUGGCAUGAGAGACCCUGUCCACUACCAGCUGACACCUGUGUAAUUACUCGUAUUUAUUUUUUUUAGUUUGUUUCUUUUGUAUGUAUUCGUAUGAGUGUGGCAGUUGAGAUGGUUGAUGUCCAACCUCCAGUCAAGCUGAGGCAUUGUCCCUGGAUCCUCUACUGCAAUACACCACUGAAGAUGCAUAUCUGUCAUGUUGGAACAAAACCAGACUAACUUGUGCACUUCCAGAUGGUGCAUGGCAGUCAUAAAAGACUUUUGCUGUCCUGUGUAAAAUACAGUGGUGCAUUUGAUGCACCCCAUACUCCUAAUGCUCCUAAACCUCUGCCUGGAAUCUGCCCCAGAUGGACACGGCUGGAACAUGGACCGAUGGCUUUCUCAGCAGCUACUCAAAUGCUGCCCUGUUAGUGACUCACAUUCUGACAGAAUUUCAAAUGACUGAUAGAGGAAUAGUUUGAAUGAAAUAAACACAUUCAUGAAUCUUCAGACAAGGUUGUUCAUGUAAUGAAGGUUAACCAUUACAGAUUAGUUUGUUUUGAUUUUUUUUAAUAUACUGAAAGUGAUUUUUUCCAUCCAAAAGCUCCCUUUACCAAAGAUUUUUUUUUCAGCAUCAAGAAGUGGGGCCACUUAUGUAAUAAUGUGAAUUACACAGUAUCUUUUCAUGUGCCCCCUGGUGUUGAUUCACCUUAAUGGCUAUAAACUGCAUUAGAUCACUGAAGAAGGGAAAAAAUCAUUGUUCUAAAGC